GUGCACGUGGAGCACAAACAGUAAACUGAGUUAAAUAAUCGUGUUCAUUGCACGUACGGUUCAAUGACAGCGAUGUCGCAGUGUUUAGAUAAGAAGGCUUUGAUUACCCAGGCAACAUUACAGUACAAAUUAGAAUGCAAAAACAUCACAGAACAAAAACUUCACAAAGAAGUAGACAUGUUAAAAAUGGAGACUGAUCGCCUUGAACUAGAAAGGAAAUGGUGUUAUGACCCCAAAGGGGAGAGAAUCCGUCCUCUCCCACAAGUUGAAGCUGCCAGAAUAGCAGAAGACAUAACCCAACAUCCUGAACUGGAAGAAGGUGUAUUGGAAAGUUUGAGAGAUACAAGGAUAUCAUUACAGAUAAAGACUGUUGGUUUACAGCGUGAACUGGACAAACUAAAAAAACUGAGUUCAACAACUGACUGUAGUUAACAAGAGGAAUGCAUGUACCUUGAACAUGACAGUGCCAAAUUGAACAAACUGAAUCCGGUGAUCACCAGAUAACAUUAUUUGGUAAAUGUCGUUUUGUUAAAUGGCAUCAUCUGCAUUGGUCAUAGUUGUUUACAUUCCAAUGGACUUCUUUGGUUAUUAUGG